UAUUUUUAAAAAGAUGGGGCGACAUUAUUGUUUUCAUAUUUCAUAAUUUUCACAGUCUACUCUCAAGAUCAAGUCAUCUAAUUUCAUUGGGUAUAUACAUAAUAUAAAUCCAAUUUCUUUGUAUCAUCAUCAUCAGAUCUCUAUUUUGAAAAUGUACUUGGUGGUUCACUCUCACAGAUCUCAUUUUUCUCUGUAAAGUAGCUUCGAUUUUGUUUUCAUGGUGAUUUAACUUUCUUCUGCAACUAAUGAGUCCACAACAAGUCCUAUCUUCAAACCCAUCUCACUCACAUUCCCAAAUUCAAUCUUCACAACCCCCCCACCCCCAUUUCUGAUUCGUCAUCAACGAAAAAAAAUCAAACAACAAUGAGUUCACAAGCACCCAAAUCUUCAAGAUCUUCAAAAACCCAGAACCAACCUUCAAGAUCACCUUUCUCUUCUCUCACCUCUCACCUCGCCAUGGUUGAGCUGAAGCAAAGAAUCCUUACUUCUCUCUCUAAGCUCUCCGACAGAGACACCCACCAGAUCGCCAUUGAAGACCUCGAAAAGAUCAUCCAAAACCUCUCUCCUGAUGGCGUUUCGAUGCUCCUCAAUUGCCUCUACGAAUCCACCAACGACCCAAAACCCGCCGUGAAGAAAGAGUCUCUCCGCCUCCUCACCGUGCUCUGCGCUUCCCAUGGCGAUUCCACGGCGACCCAUUUGACGAAAAUCAUUGCCCACAUUGUGAAGAGGCUCAAGGACUCUGAUUCGGGGGUUAGGGACUCGUGUCGCGAUGCGAUUGGGGCGCUUUCGUCGCAGUAUUUGAAGGACGAGGGAGAGAAUGGGGGUCUUGGGUCGGUGGUUUCGCUGUUCGUGAAGCCAUUGUUUGAGGCUAUGAAUGAGCAGAACAAGUGGGUUCAAGGUGGGUCGGCAAUGUGUAUGGCCAAGAUGGUGGAGUGUGCUUCGGACCCACCUGUUGUUUCGUUUCAGAAGCUUUGUCCUAAGAUCUGCAAGUACCUCAACAGUCCGAAUUUCUUAGCCAAGGCUGCUCUGUUGCCAGUGGUCUCAAGUUUGUCUCAGGUAGGGGCUAUUGCACCACAAAGCUUGGAAGCAUUGCUGCAAAGCAUUCAUGAAUGCCUUGCUAGUACAGAUUGGGCAACACGUAAAGCUGCGUCUGAUACAUUAAGUGCUUUGGCAUUACAUUCGAGUAACUUGAUUACAAAUGGUGCUACUUCCACAGUGACAGUGCUCGAGGCUUGCCGCUUUGACAAGAUUAAACCUGUCAGAGAUAGUAUGACAGAGACACUGCAGCUAUGGAAGAAGAUUUCAGCGAAAGGAGGGGAUGGAGCUUCUGAUGACCGGAAAGCUUCAUCUCAUGAUGGUGAAAUUUCUGAACCAGGUGAGUUCUCAGGAAAAAAGGACCCGAAAGUUCCAAAUUAUGGUGAGACAUCAACAAUGGAUUCAUCCUAUGGAUCACCUCCUACUGAUUCUGCUUCCAAAGUAAAGGGGGGCAACAUUUUUGACAAAGCAGUUGGGAUAUUGAAGAAGAAGGCACCUGCACUAACUGACAAAGAAUUGAACCCAGAAUUCUUCCAGAAACUUGAAACAAGAGAUUCAGAUGAUUUGCCCGUAGAGGUGGUUGUCCCUAGUCGAUGUUUAAAUUCUGCAAAGACACAGAAUGAGGGAGAGUCAGAACCAAAUGAUACAGAUUCAAGAAGAAGGUCAAAGGGGAACUCCCAGCAAGAUGAUGGAUCUGCCAACAUCAAGUAUCGUAGCACAGAGAAAGAAACUGCUGGUGUGCUUCCUAGACAGCGAGAUUUUGAUGACUUUACCCGGGAUAAAUGGGCUGAAGAGAGAGCUAAUGGAAGAGACUCAAAAACAAAUUGGUUGGCUAUCCAGAGGCAGUUAUUACAACUGGAGAGACAGCAAGCUCAUCUUAUGAAUAUGCUGCAGGAUUUCAUGGGUGGGUCCCAUAACGGCAUGGUUACUCUAGAGAACAGAGUACGGGGUCUAGAGAGAGUUGUCGAGGACAUGGCACGCGACUUGUCAAUAUCCUCAGGUCGAAGAGGUAGUAAUUUUAUGAUGGGAUUUGAGGGAUCUUCUAAUAGGCCUUCAGGCAAGUACAACGGCUUCCCUGACUACUCUGGUGCUAAGAUGGGGAGAAGCGGUGAUGGGUGGACCCCAUUUGCGGAGAGGUAUACUGCAUCUGAUAGUAUAUUGUCAGCAAUGAGAGGAAGAGGACCUGCUUGGAGAUCUGACGUUCCUGAUACUUGGGACUUUCACACAUAUGGAAAAAAUGGACAGAUGGCAUCUAGGAGAGUCAUGGGUGGUGGUCCGGUGGAUGGUAGGUCCCCUAAGUCAGACCAUGAGAGUGACCAGAUUGGUGGCACGAGAGCUUGGGAUAAAGGAGUUGGACCUAUUAGGCUCGGUGAAGGGCCUUCUGCAAGAAGCGUGUGGCAAGCUUCGAAGGAUGAAGCGACAUUGGAAGCGAUUCGGGUAGCUGGUGAAGACACUGGAACUGCUCGAAAUGCAAGAGUAGCUAUUCCGGAAAUGACUGCAGAAGCUUUGGGGGGUGACAAUAGUGUGCCAGAGCGGGACCCAAUAUGGACUUCUUGGAGUAAUGCAAUGGAUGCGAUUCAUGUAGGCGAUAUGGAUUCGGCUUAUGCUGAAGUUUUGUCUACAGGUGAUGAUUUCUUGCUAGUGAAACUAAUGGACAAAUCAGGAGCUGUAGUUGAUCAACUCUCACACGAGGUAGCAAGCGAGGUUUUGCAUGCUGUUGCACAGUUUCUACAGGAGCCAAACUUGUUCGACAUUUGUUUGUCUUGGAUUCAACAGUUGGCAGACCUCGUGACAGAAAAUGGAACCAAUGUCUUGGGCAUUCCAACAGAAGUUCAAAACGAACUUCUGCUAAAUUUACAUGAAGCGUGUUCAUCAAUUGACCCACCAGAGGACUGGGAAGGCCUGGCACCUGGCCAACUCCUGUUGCAGUUGGCAUCGGCAUGGGGAAUCGAUCUACAACAGCUGGUGAAGUAAUCACUAGCUCUACAGUGUUGGGUUAUUAUGGAUUCUGUAUUUUAUGACCUUUGGCUUCUGGUGAUUGUGAUGAACAUGUAUUUACACAGAUAAGGUGAAUUAGCUCAUGUUGUUGAAAAUGUAACUAGAACUACCAGUUUGUUGCAAUUGGCAUCUGCGAGGGGAAUUGAUCAGCAACAGCUGAAGAAGUAAUCACCUGGCUCUACAGCCGGCUGGAUUCUGGAUUGUGUGUUUUGAGUUUUGGUAUAUGGUGUUUGGUAUAAAACAUGUAUUUACAUAGAUGAGGUGAAUUAGCUACCGAACCAUAUUGUUGAAAAUGUAGGUAGACCUUGUAAUACCGAUUUGAUUGAAAUUGGAACUGGACAUAUUUUUUGUGUCCUAAUAUUUGUUGAGGGUAGCAGAUGACAAUGUUUGUCUACUUGUAUUCUGUUAUUUUUGCAACAUGGUGAAUUUUAUUCCAAAAA